CUUUAUCUUACAUUACAAUCAUGAAUCAAAAUUUCUUGCGUACCUCCACAAAAACUUGCUUUAGAAAAUCCCCAACAUGUUUACGAAGCUCUCGGUCCCUCAGCAGCAAGGCAACAGGCUGGUUUCAACGCUUCUUGAGCCCUGCUGAAGAAAAGAAGCUCUAUCUAGGAAUUACCAGCUCUUUUCGAGAAAAACUAGUUGAACAGUCCAACAAAAGCACACAGACAUACAGCCGUAUUAUUGAACAUGCUCUUUUCACCCAACCUUCAAAAACGUCAAAGACCGGUAUGCUCUCUGUAGCUCGUCUAGAACAACUAAAAACCGAAUUGGACGAAGCUGGAAAACAAAAAGAUGUGAAUGCACUUCAGCAAUUACAAUUGGAAAUGGACAAUGCUGACUUGACAGCCAUUGCCAUAUACAAUCGAUUGAUUCGUGCUUAUCUUUGGUGCGAUGAACUCACAUUGGCUCAAGAUGUGUUGUCUAAAUUUGAAGAACGAGGUCUUGUACCUACUGUUCGUACAUUUACUUAUUUAAUACAAGCACAUUUAAAGAAAGAUCAGCUCGAAGAAGCAAAGCGACUUGUUGAAGAAAUGCAUCGUUUGUCUCUAUCACGAUUAAGAAACAAUUUCGACUGCAGUAUCAUGUUGAAAUUCUACCAGGCUUGUGGUGAUUCACACGCUAUUGAAUAUUUAUGGAGAGAUAUGAUGGCCCAUGCCGAUGCUGUCAAGCCUGGUUUUGGUCUUUUCACUCAAUAUGUGGAAUACUUGAUCUCAAAGAAAGACCUAAGGUUGAUUGCCAAAACAUCACAAGAAUUUUUAGCCCACCAUCAUCAACCAUCAGAACAACAGCUUCUUCCUCAUCAGUAUAUGACAUGGGUCAAAUCUAUCAAUCUAUUGGUAAACAAUAAAGCGAAUACCCAAACAGCAGAUCAACUUCUAUUUUUUCUUAUCAAAAAAGCACCACCCAAGAUGCCAUGGGACAAAGUUAAAGAUGCUAUUGAAUGCAUUGUCAAGUCCUAUUUAAAUGAAGAGCAAGAAUUAAAAGCACUGGCAUUUUAUUACAAACUUCGCAAACAGAAGGUACCUGACCAAGCCUUUGAACAAGAGACACUCAAAUCUAUCGAGAUUGUAUUACAGCAUGUAGAGAAAAAAAGCGAUCAGAAACAAGUGAUGGCCGAAUUAGAAGGCCUUGUUUUAUUUAAAGCCUAG